AUGGAGAUGAGGAAGAGGAAACCGAAGGUUACGUGGGCGAAUGAAAUUUAUGAGUAUCCCAGUUUUUUUAGAAAGAGGCAAGAGAGUAAAGGAAGAUCCAGAAGAAAUGGAAGAAAGGAUGAAAUGGUAGAAGUUGGUGAAGACGCCGAUGCCGCCCAUGCUGAGGCUGAUAAGAGGGAAGACGGCAAGGUGGGUGAAUUCCCACAGAUUGUUACUUGUGCUAAAUUGACAAUGGAUGAGAUAGGCCAGGAAAUGAAAGACUCUCUUGGAGUGGUCCACUAUGAAAAAAAUGGACUUAGGAGACGGGAUAAACGUGGGAAGAACUUAGGUGAUUACCACUCAGGUAUUCCUACCCGUGGAGAGAAAGAUAAAAACAUUUACGACGACGGAGUGGACAUUGAUAAUGAUGAAAGGAAAUUGAGCGAAGCGUCGAAUGAUGACCAGAAUCACUACACUGAUGAUAGUCUAUUCGACCUGUCCUCGCCGAAUGAAGAAUACGAACAAAACGCUCCCAACACAGAGCGCAAUUAUAAGUGCAGGAAAAAAAAAAAAAAAAUGAACCACGCGGUAAAUCACUUAGUUGCAAAAGGAAAAUGUGAAAAGGUAAUCAGAAAGAAGCUGAAAAAUACCUUAACUGAUCGGUUUAAAAGUUUCGUGGAUAAAGGGCAUUCCCUGCACUACGAUGUGGAUCUGUUCCAUUACUUGAGUUGUCUAAGCGAGAAGAAGAGAGAUGUACUUAACUGGCAAGGGGAUGAAAGUGCACACGCCCUUAUAAACUUCAUAAUAGAUGAGCUCAUAAAGAAAACUAACAAAAAAAGCUACAGAAAAGAACACCCCCCAGUGCAGACAAACAAGCAGUGUAGCAACAAUUCUGGCGUAGCCAUAAAAGGGUACCAUGACGAAAAACAUAUCAACGUUAAGGAAAAAAUUUCCUUUGAACAGAUAAAAAAUUACGAUGAAACAAAUUUAAAGCAUAUAUUCUUUAUGCAAAAUAUUAACAUAGAUUAUAACGGAAGGAAGGUGGAAGUCUCCCCAUUUAAAAGUACCAUAAUUGAGGAAACGGCAGUGACAAAUGGAAAUGGCAAAGUAAGUAUAAUUAAAAGUAAAAAAUACAAGACCAAAAAGAAGUUCAAUCUAGGCGAAUAUGCUAAGAAUAAGAAUACAUCCGCAUGCACACAGAUGGAAAAGUUGAAAGUGUGUGUACAUCGAGACGUAGAUAAUUUGCUAAAUUCUCACAUCUACUUAAAUGAUCAUUAUUUUUCACUUAACUCUGAGGGGAUACAGUUUUUGUAUUUUCUACUCCUAUGCGAUUGUUUAUUUGACGAAUUAUACGGGAACGGAUCGCAGGAGGAGCAAGUGGGAGGAGGGAGAGAGGAGAAAUCUGAUGAAUGCACCGGCAAAAGCUACUCACAACGGGGAAAACAAAUCCAUGUAGAUGGUGCAUUGGAGAAAUCAGAUGUGGACGACCCUCCACAUGGGUACUUCAAUUUGAAGAAAAUAAUUUCAAAUAUGGAAACUGAAAUGGUGAAAAUGAGGCAAGAGCAAAAUAUCUUCUUAAGUCUUUGUGCCCCCGUAAUUUACUUAGACUUCAGCAGUGGUGUCAAUUUUGUGGACUACCUAAAGGAGGAACUAGAUGCUUCUCUAUCGAAAGGGGUAACCACCUGCGCUAAAGACAAGGCGCUGAUACCAAGUCAUCAUAAUAGUGAAGUGUCCACUAGGGGGCGAAAGAAAGCACAGAAGGAGCAUGAUCAGGAGGAUCCUUUUGAGCACGAAAGGAAGGAUUUCCCGCUGAACCAUCAGAUGAAUGAUCUUCUAAAAGUUUGUGCAGAAUUUUUCCAAGGGAACUUCCUAGCUGUCAGUACGUGCAGUUAUUUAAACAGUUACAUGUUUCUAAGUUCGGAAAAAAGGACCCGUAAUUUUAUUUUCAUAUUUUUCGUGUCUCCAUUUUGCAGCAAGCCAUUACUUUUCGACAUGGUGGAGGUGAACCAUAUAUGUAAGAAGGUGGAGUGGGUUAAGCUUCUCGGUGGGAAAGACGACCAUAUGGAUAGCGGAAGGAACGGCCAUGUUGACAAGGGUGAUAUCGCAAACGAAGAGCAAAAAAGGCACCUCGACCUACUGCUCUGCCUAGUGGGCGACGAGAUAAGCAUCUACGCUAUUCCAAAGCGCCAUUUGUUCCAAAAGUUGUAUGACGCAACAAAAAAUGAACCCACCUCUGUAGAACCAACUGAAUACAUAAAACAAAAAAUAUCUGACAGGAAAUUCGAAAAGGUUUUUUCAUAUAACGAUGAAGAAGAGCUCACGGAUUUUUCCUACUCCAUUUGUGUAAAUGACAAUCAAAGAUUUUUAAAAAUUGCCUUAACGUUUAAUAGCACCAGAAUAAAAGUGUUGUGUGUCUAUUUGAGGGAAAUAAGUAGAUUUGCGAAGAUCACUCGCUUUAUCGAGAGGGAGGAAACUACAAAUGCCUGCGUGCAUACAUGUGCUGAUUAUUUGCUAAGCCAUUUUAAGAAUCCCCUAAGUUUCUCCCCCUUCUCCACACUGGUACCAUCCCCCAGGGGGGAAAUAUCAACAGGAGAAAAGGUACCCUUAUCGUUAGAGUCGCUACAAACAAACGAGCUUGCCCAAUCAGCGAAAGAUACACAUUGCGUAGCUUUUCAUGAAGAUAUCCUGCACCUGCAACAAGGCAUCAUAUCCGUGUGCUCAUUUUACCCGUGCCUCAAUUCCUACCUUCUCUGUGUUAGUUCCAAGGAAGGAGAAAUAAUAAUAAUAGACAUAAGGAACAACAGCGAGCUUUAUUUUUUUAAGCGAAAGACAGAAAGUGUUACUCACAUGAGGUGGUAUGAAAAUAGUUGUUUGUCUUUUGGACAAGAAAAAGGAUGCAUCAUUCAUCUAUUCGAAAAUAAAUAUUUUUUAAAUAUCGAUAAGGAUUGGACUAGCCAAUUAGACAUCAUAUGCAUACAUAGUUCUCUCCUCAACGACAUGCAUUUGUUCUUGUUUGAUGAUGGAACUGUGCUUAGGGGUAAAUUGAAGGGAAGGUUGUCUAAGGUUAAAAUUAGUGAAUUGUUUUUGUGGAAGACACCAAAUUUCCAUCUAGAUCCUGAGGUUCUACUAAGUAUUAGCGCAGAGAAGGAAGACGAAACAGAGUCUGUCUCGCGUAUACUGUUCUAUGAGUACCUGCAGGGGUUACAGAACAUUUUAAGAAACGGGGUUAAGAUAGGGAAGUCCAAGGCAGUGGAGGAGAAUGCGCGGGACAAGACGAUUGCGCUGACGCCCAGAUGCGUGUCCAUUGCGAGCUUGGGCCAAAAGUAUCUAAUCGCAUACGGAAACGGAAGCGGCUUGGUUCAUAUAUUUUCAAGGGAAAAGGAUUUGGACAGGAAGAGCUUAGGGUGA